AUGGCAUGGCUCGACGCCAUCGACGGCUCUUGUCAAGCAUGGAGGGACACCGGCGAGACGCCUUUCCCGAUACUGAUGAUUCCGUCGUCCCUCGACUGGCAUGGCCUUGAUGCUCGCGGCCUCCGAUAUUUCUAUUUCAUCGCUUCGCUCGGGGACGUCCUGGACCGGAAUAACAGUCGGCAUUUCUGCCUCUGGUGGAUAGGCUACGACCUGGGUCUCCAAAUGGCGGCCAAGAUCGACUACGUCGCCUACGCCCAUAUCCUCGUGGCGGCCAAUCGGCUCGGGAGAGUAACAAAAGUGGCCAGCGUCAUGGAGGAUGCACAGCACUACCAGGGGCUGGCGAUCAAGGGCCUGCGCCGGGCACUCGCCUCGUUCUCGAGAGAGAACGCCGAUGCCGUCCUUGGAGCAUCCAUCUCGCUGAUGAAUCAGCAGCAAACCCCGGCCGAGUGGCAGAGAGUCACGCAAGGCACCGCAGCCGUGAUCAAGGCCAUGGGACCGUGGAUCAAGACUUCCUCGCACUGGCCAGUCCUCAAACACAUCUACCACGCCGCCGAAACCACCGUCGUGAAGAGCGAGGAGAAUGCAGCUCGACCCGCCGACCGGAAGACCACGUGUCCGAUGGUCACCGUGCAAUCAGUCGGGGCUGCCGUCGAGUUCCUGCUCGACCAAGGCGUGACCGCUCUGAACCGACUCGCAACAUGCACGAGGGACCGGAAGGAACUCUGUACAACGGCGCGGGGUCUCGCAGACAUGCUUCGCCUGGCCCACGCAAAGCACCUUGCGGGCCAGAAGCGCGACGCUUUCUGGCUUGCCCAUCCCUUCUGCGAACUCACCAACCGCGAAGCUAUAUCCUUCACGGACAUCCAUGCUUCGAACCCCUUUGUCCUCGUCAUCCUCGCACACAUGUACAGCGCGCUGGUCGUCCUGUCGAUGCUGUACCCGGAGCUCGACACGGCAUGGUUCAUCGGCAUUCGUCUCCACUCGCUGGACGAACUGGCGCGGCACUUCCAAACCGUCGCAACGAUCGACUGCGACGUCUGCAGUGAGCCGCACCACAGUCACGAACUGCUGGCCUUCCCCUCGAACGCAGUGCAAGCGUACCGACAAUGGCGGAGCGACCAGCAGGCCGUCUUGUCGCAACAAGGCCACCGUGGAUAUUCGGCGGGGUUAGACCACAAGCAGAGCAUCUCACCGCCGGCGUAG